AUGACCAAGGAGUUUCCUGCGGCACAAGAAAAACUUAUAUCUCGAGUCAGAAUAUUUUCUCCAAAAAUGUAUAUCAGAUUACCCGCCGAUAGAUCAAAAACUUUUUAUGAAAAAUUACCCAAAAUCUCGGCAAGAUUCAAGAAUAUUUUCAAAGAGAUUGCUCUGGAUUUUCUGAAAGGCCCGUCCGCUGGGGUCGAGGAAACCCUCGACGCCAGCCUGCGGUCGUGUUCAAUCAUCGACAACUACUACGUGGAUGAGCCCGUGUGGAUGGUGGAUUUGGGCAAGAGGAAGCCCAUCCGGGGAUUGGUUAUCCUCACGUGGCAGGGGCGUGGCCAAGACCAGCAGACGCUCUACCGUGACUACGUCUUCGGCCUCGACCGCCUCACCGUCUACGUGGAGAACCAAGCCAGGAUCGACUCGCCGAACUCGCAGGACCACAAGAAGUGCGCCUCCGUCACCAGACUCAAUAACGCGCUCUUCAGAGAACGCGUGCACAUGGAGUGUCCGCAGCCGAUGAAAGGGCCGCUACAUCUACAUCAAGGCCGGGGGCGUCGCUAACCGCUGGCACAGAGUCUUCUCGCUUGUCCUGUGUGAAGUCAUGGUCUACUUCGACUGAAAGGGAGAGUUUGGUAUGAGAUAAGGGUGAUGAGUCUCAUGAGAGGAAGGGAAGAGAUAAUGAGUCUACUGAAAGAUGAGGGAAAGGUUAGUACGAGAGAAGUGGAAAAAAUAUAGAGGAGAGGAAUAAAGGAAUAGGGAGAGAAAGAAUAAUGAGUCUACUGAAAGAUAAGAGAGAGUUUAGUGUGAAAUAAGGGUGUCUAGAGAGAGAAGCGGAAAAGAAGUUUGGAGAGAAAGAGAGAGAAUAGGAAAAUAGAGGAUAAUGAGUCUACCAAAAGAUAAGUAUGGGAAAAGUGAUAAGAGAGAGAAGCGGAAAAAAGAAGUUUGGAGAAGUAAAGAAAAGAAUUGAGAAAGAA